AGUAGAUUCGAAACUAUUCAUAAGGAAGACGACGAAAGCCUGCAAGUUAUAUUUUGUUUUGUCGCUGUCAAGUUGAGCAAGAUCGUUGAACACAGCCGACCCUUCGUGACGUGAUCGAGUGAAAGUUAGUUCAUGAAGUUAAGCCGAAGAAAGCGGAAAUAUACAAUUCUAUUAAAAUUUAGAGUUUUCCUUCGCAACUUAGCUUUAAACAAUAUUUGCCAACACCUUUCAAAAGACGGUAACAAUCUUUAAAAAAAGCAGGCAAAUAACCGAGCUCAAAAAUAUUAAACCUUGAAUUUAGUGUCGCAUGCUUGAACAGUUUUGGAAUAUCGUGACGAAAUCCUAAUCCACAACUUAACACAACAACACUCACUCUACUACUGACAUUUGACAACACGAAAUCGUUUACUAAUCGCAGAUUACCUGUUUAAUCUUUUACAAUAUUGUUACUUAAACUUAGUGCAAUCUAUUGACUGUUCGUUGCUAAGUAAUACACGGAUAUGUCUGUUCCUGUAUCAGUUGCAUUUUAAUUAGAAUUAUAUUGGACUCAGGAUUGCGUUGGUGCGUCUAUAGCUGGUUUAGAAUUACAUAGAAAGCCCGGGUUAGACAAGAUUACCCUCAUAGUGUUGUAUAAAUCAGAUUUAUACAAAGCUCGUGCUUUUUGUGGCGAGAGAACGUUUGCUGUGGCGGCACCAAGACUAUGGAACUCGAUCCCACUCGAACUAAGUUCUUCAACCGACAGUUUUAAAAGACAUUUUAAAACAUAUCUUUUUCUUAUAAGUUUAUUCCUAUUAUCCACCCACCCCCUUUCUUUUACCUUUUUGAUCAUCUUUAAUGUAAAGCGUCAUGGACAAUUAGUGGAUUUGGCGCUAUACAAAUAUUUUUAUUACUGUAACAUUUAUUAUUAUUUUUGUAUGAGCGACGAACGAAAACUAAAAUAUAUUAUUCCGGCUUCAUCAGACUGACCUUUUCUUAGACUGAAUUAAUAUUAAUUGAUUCCAAUUGUCAACAGGUUCUGACAGAGGCUCAUCACCCUCUGGUUCUAACUAUAAGCUGUCCACCGUCCUAACUUGUCAACCAUUCAUAGAACAGUUGGCGUUAUGCUUGGACAGGGGCAUGAGGUUAAUACCGAACUGGAAAAACUUGGCGUGGGAAAUGAAGGUCGAUGGAAAGGUCAUCAAACAACUGGAACAGUACAGUGACUUCAGUCCAACCAUCCGAUUGUUUGAACAUCUUGAGGUCACGCAACCAGAUCUGGUUAUCGAACAAUUAAGAAAGGCGCUGUUUGAGAUCGGGAGAAACGAUCUGUGUAACUUGCUGACGACAAAAGCUGGCUGUGCUGACUCUGAAAAGGUCAGAGAAGUAAUCACGUCACCAAAUAUUGAAGCUUCUUCACUUCGGGCUGGUCUUUUAGACGAAAUCGCCUUAGCUCUGGAUUCGACUUCACGGAUUUCGGCAAACUGGCAAAAACUGGCAACAAAACUGGGCGUGCCACGGCAAACCUGUUCGGAGUUAGGAAGACGUUCAACCCAGAAUCCAACCAACCAACUGUUCCAAUAUUUCGCCGCCUCUCGUCCUCAGAUGACGCUAAAAGUACUGAAACAAGCUCUGCGUUCUAUAGUUAGAAAUGACUUGUUGGAAGUUCUACAAGACCUGGAAGAUGAAUCAUUAAUCAAGGAUGUCAUAACACCGGGCUCAGAACUCUUACAAACAAUGGCAGUUGAACUUAAUCGAGAAGAUGUACCGGGUGUUAAAAAUUGGACACAUCUGGCUUCCAGACUUGAAGUCCCAAGUGAUGUGCUUCGAGAGUUUGCUGGAGAGUCAACAGUAAGGAAAAGUCCCACAAAGGAAGUCAUUCAAUGGCUGGCCGACCGGUUUCCUGACACGACUUUGAUUGAUCUUGUACAAGCACUGGAAAAGAUUCAGCGCAAUGAUGCCAUUCAAAUCAUAACAAAGCAAUUUCCAGACGCUGUUGAUUCCUCCUUGGAGAGACUUUGUUCUUUACUGCAUGACAACCUCAAAGUCGAGCUACCAAAAGAUUCAACAGGCGUGACUUUCCCCGGUCGAUACAAGAAGGAAGAACGCGUCUCCCCUCUUAAGCAAGCUGCAGAAAACAAGCAUCAGUCUGGUCAUUGUGGUAGUCUACCAGAUCGUACAGAUUUAGUGGGUCGCGAAGACACUUGCAAACUAAUUAUGAAUACCUUGACUUCUAACAAAGCUGUUGCAAUUGUGGCGCCUCCUGGAUACGGGAAAACCUCGGUGGUGGUAGAGGUCGGCCAUAAGAUGAUCAAGAAGGGAAAGCGUGUUGCUUACGUCAAUCCCCGAGGAGUGACCUGCGUGGAAGACUUGGGAGGUAGGAUCAUCGAGGCCUUGGGUGCGGUUCCCGGUGAGGAUACAAUACAGGAAACAUUGCGUCGCAUAAGGGCUUUGGAGUCCAAGAGCUUGCUGUUAAUCAUUGAAAAUAUCGACAACUUGCUACAUCUUGAGGACAAAGCAAGCAACGAAAAUUACUCUCUAAAAUCCGGGAGAUACUGUGCCAAAAUGCGUGGAAAAUACAAGAAAGAUGACUUCUUGACAUUUCUAAAGGACAUAGGGCAAUGUCCAACCAUUCACCUUGCACUUACAUCAAGGGAAACUAGCGUUUGCAGCGUAUCUUUCUCGAUUACACCGAUCGAAAUACCGUCUUUAAGUGACAAGGAUUCUGCUUUUCUUUUUAUGACACGAGACAAUCUUAUUGACGAACACUUGGUUAAGGAUCUGGUCACAAUUUGCGGUGGCAUCCCACUAGUCAUAUGCACAGUGUUAGCAAUUCUUCAAAGAGAAAAUCCAGAGACGUUAACUCGAAGACUCUCCACCUGCUCUUCCCGCGAGCUUCUUGAUGCACUUAGCCCUGACUAUAUACCAAAUGAGGACCGUAUUGGUCAUUGUCUACAAGUAUGUUUUGAUCGCUUGAAAGAGGAAAAUCAGGAUGUCCUCGUACAAAUCUCCACAUUUCCGCACAGAUUCACCCAGGAACAAUUUCUUGCCGUGUUUCAAUCAAAACUAGAUUGCAAUUUGCAGACAUGUUUCGAUUCCCUUAAGCAUAGCAGCCUACUUCACUUUGACAGAGUGAGUUCUCUCUUCUCUCUCCAUCCAUUUAUCAGAAGAUUUUUUUCAGUGAAAACCAAGUACACGGACGCUAAAUGGGUCUUUACUCGCCAUUAUAGUGAUUUGGCUGUCACACUGUGCGACCAGUUUCUAAGUCAGAAUUCGAAAACUGCUAUUGAACUUUACAGGAACGAAAAGGAAAACAUUCGAGAAGCCAUGACAUGGUGCGGAGAUGAUCAUCCUGAGCUUGACCAAACAACAAGGGAGCACUGCAUUCGCUGCUUUAACAAGUCAGCAGUGUUUCUUGCAAAAAUGACGAGGAAACAAGAGUUUGAGUCACUUUUCUGCAGGCUUUCGUACCGUUGUGUUGAUGAUUUGCAUCUGUACAGCGCUUGCUUGACAAACAUUGGCCUGAAAAUGGUAGUGAGCUGCAUGUGCACACCUUGCAUCUGUCCUAGAGCGCUGUAUCGAGCCAAGGACUUUUUAUCACGUGCAAACAAGAUUCAGUCAAGCCUUACGGCCUUUGACGACGCUACUCGUGCCCAUUGUCUGUGCAAGCUUGGAUUCUGUUACGUUCGCGAGGGAUAUUUUGACAGUGGUUAUAGUCUUCUCAACCAGGCUUUAGAAUUGAGAAAGGAGCGUACGAAACAUUCAACGAAGAAUCAAGACAAGGUCAUGCUGGCAGCUUGCCUCAACGAUGUAGCAGCUUCUCUGACACUGCAACGGAAACACAUGGCCGCUAUUCAAACAAGAACACAUUUCGUGUUGCCUGUUUAUGAAUCAAUCCUUGGUGACCACCCGUUUGUGGCAACAACUCUCAGCUGGAUUGCCUUUAGUUACCAGGCUUUGGGAGACUACGACAACGCCAUUGAAUUUACCCGGCGAGCGCUUGAAAUCCGAAAGCAACUGCUUGGACACCAUAAGGAAACAGCGAGGUCUUAUUAUGAUUUGGGCAUGGCUCUUUCGGAAAAACAGGAGUACGAAAGAGCCCUGACACAGCUGAAAGAGGCAGUUACUUUACAGAGAGAGGUUUUAGAUACACCGGAGGAGUUGAUAAUCACACAUCAAGCUAUAGCGAACGUUUUCAGGGGCCUGGGAAGAGAGGAAGAUGCCGAAAGGGAAAUGGAACGGGCAGCGGAGUGUGCGAAAAGUUUGGGUCCCCUGGAAGUUGCUUUAGAAGUAAAUGAAACCAGGGAAGAAAGUGACCUGGUGACUGCUUCCGUUUCACAUUCUGAAGAACAGGGGGUCUCUAAGAACUCUACAGUUUGUAUUGUUAGUUAAGCACUGAGCAGAGUCUCAACCAAUUUUGGGAAUUUUUGAAAAUAGCUCCCGAAACCGACUGUCAGUCAAUUGUAGGCGACAGGUUACCAACAGGUUGCCAACAAGCUACCGACAGGUUACCGACAGAUCUCAAAAAAGAAGAAAGUUUGCUGUAAAGUAGACAGCAAUAGAGUAAUAAACCAAUAAAUAAAACGGUUUCAAAAACCUGAAAACAAAUAGUGAUACACCUCGUCACUAACUUAUCGAUCGAUGGUCAGCGUAAAAAAUAUUGAUCGAGAAAUAUUCUUUUAAAACUUAAGUUUAUAUCAAAUUUGUAACUGUUUCUAACGGACAAGAACGUUUUUAAACCAUUUAAGUCCGAAAGUUAAAGCAAAAACAACCGCGUAUCACUUGCUUGUACGAAUCGCCCUACACUGAAUGCAAUGCGAACCCUGACAUAAUUUGAGGGGGAAUGGGACUUAGUUAACCUUUCCAAUAUGGCGUAUUACCGACACCUUACCGACAUCUUAACGACACGCCAACUGUCGGCAGACAAAUUUUUUCGCGGGAGCUGCACGUUCUUGGCAAUUACCAUCACGGCUAAACUGACCCAUCAGUUUCAAAGGAACAGAAUCAUAAAACCAUCUACUAACAAACUCUUUUCACGUGACUCCGAAGAUGACCGCCGCUCAGAAUGUCGAAACGUCAGUGUAGAAAAAUGCAAAGGUAUCUCUU